AUGGUGGAUAUAUCCCAAACAGAAAUUUUAUUUUGGAAAAUAUUUAAAAAUAAAAUUUUAUUAUCAAAAAUAUUUUGUAAAAGUUUAAAUUAUGAAAGAUUGGUUAAAGCAGAUGAAAUUUUAAUUAGAUUUAAUGAUGGCAUUAGUGUAAUAAAAGAAAGGGUUAGAAAUUCAAGUUAUAUAACGUAUAAUAGUAUCGAACCAAUAUAUAAUAAAAUAACUAAAGAUACCUUUGAGAAUAUCGACUUUUAUAAACAACUAUUUACAAACUAUCCAAAGUAUUUCAUGUUUUCAGAGAUUGCUUUACCACUAAUUUUCAAGUGUUCAAAUUUAGUUGCUUUGAGGGUCUAUAUAGAUCAAUUUAAAAUAACAAAUGAUCAAAUAAACUAUUUGGCAAAUUCAUAUUAUAAAGUAUUAAUAAUUAAUCAUAGCAACUCCCAAAUUUUAAACUACAAAUCAUUCAAAAUGCUUAGCCAUCUCAUCUUAUAUCACGGUGUCCAAUUAAGAAGCUCUGUAGAAAUGGUCGAGACUGUCAAAGGCGGGAAUCUAUAUUAUAUGAUUAUAUACUUUAAAGGUGGCUUAUUAACUUUUGGCCAACUUUUGGAUAUUACAAAGUCUUUUAUAUCUUUCUUUUCAAAUGGUAUUAAAAUCAAUUUCAAAAAUAAAAAACUAGAUAAAGAUAAAUUUAUAGAUAAGUUUAUAUCUGCUCUAUUAGAUAGUUCUUGUCCAGGUAUUGGCAGUAGUAAAUCAUUCAGUUUAUCAACCACAGACAUAGUAAAAAAGAAAUUAUUUUCAAAAACAAUAAAUUUUGAACCACAAAUAAAAUUUGUUUCAGCUUUAAACAAUAAUAAUAGUAACAACAACAAUAAUAAUGAUUUUGUAAAAAAUAAAUCAGAUAUUAAAAAGAAUAAAUCAGGUAGCAUAAGUAAAUUUAUCAAAGAAUUAGAGUCAAAUGAAUUGGUUAAACAACAUUUAGACAUUGACAUAUUAAAGCUCUUAAGAGUGUGUACUUUUAUAGAUUGUAAUUGUAGCGAAUUAAUAAAUAAUAGCAAUAUAAAUAAUAGCAAUAGUAAUAAUAGCAAUAGUAAUAAUAGUAGUAAUAAUAAUAUUUUAAAUUUUAUAAAAAGAUGUAAAGAAUUAAGAGCUUAUAUUUUAAAGUUAAUAAAAUCAUAUUUUUUAAUAACAAAUGAAAGUAUAGAAAUUUGGUAUAAAAAGCAAAUAUGUGAAGACAUCUCAUCACUAAAUAUACUAGAAUAUUGCAGUUAUUUCUUCAACUAUAUGUAUAGCUAUUUUAAUAGUAUCAGUAAUAAUAAUAAUAAUAUAAUUGAAAAUAAUUUUAUUUUAAAUUGUUUAGAAAUCAUUUUAAAUAAUAAUAAAUCAAUUACACCAUUUUUGGUUAUUUUAGAGAUUGGUGAUUUAAAAUUAAUAGAGUUAUUUCAUCAAAAAUAUAAAGAAUCUAUAGAAUCAUUGUUUAAUAGUAGCUAUAACGAUUAUAAUAUCGGUUAUUUAAUGCGAUCUAUCAAGUCCACUGCCGUAUUAGAUUUCUUUUAUAAAAACUAUCAAGAUUCACCAAUUUUUACAAAUCAUUCAGUGAAUUGGAAAUAUAUAUCAAGUAUACCAAUAUUAGAGCACUAUGAAAUGCUAAUCAAGAAUAUGGAUUUCAAGUUACUCAUCGACGAUUACAAAUAUUUUAAUCCAACUCUGUACCAAUACUUUAUCAUUGACAAAGAGCUAAAGCCUCUAUUUAGGGAUCUUGAGCAAAUAUCAUUGGAAUUAUUAUCUAGGGCAUUGGAAAGUCAAUCAUCAUUAUUAUCAGUAUAUCAACUAUCAAAUAACUUUUUAUUAAGCUCAUGUCAAAAAAUUGUUUCAGAGUAUAUUCAAUAUGAAAGACAUGAUAUUUUGGUUUCAAUUUUCAAACAUUUAAAACUACCAGAAAUUAAUUUAGUUUCAAUUAUCGAACAAGAAAGACCAUUUAAAUUACUUAGAUGGAUCGCAAAUAACUAUUCCCAAAAGGAUCAAAUACCCUAUCCAACGGACCCAAAUCCAUUUUACACUGUUAGAAUGAAUCUAAACUAUCCAUAUGGUAUAGACUAUCAAGAAACUGUCACAGUAGAAAUGUCAGUAUAUCAAUUGUUUUACUCUUUUAUAUUUAGUGAAGGUUUCAACAAUGCCAUAGAGUUAAUUAAAAUAAAUCCAUUGGUCUUCAAAUACCAUAAGUUUAUAGAAAAUAAUAAAAAGACCACACCUUUAAUUGUAAAGUUUUUAGAUUAUACAACAAAUUAUUAUUUCACAACUUUAGAAAAUAUAGAUGAUCAAGACAAAUCAAUUUCGACACUAAUUACAAUUUUAAAAUCGAUUUUAAUAUUUUAUUUAAAAGACUCUGCCGUAUCGGGAAAUAUAGAUUUUUUUAAAAUUUUAUUUAUAAAAUAUUCUUAUUUUAUAAAGAAACAAUUUAAAAAUGGUGAAACUCUUUUAGAACCACUCCAACUAGUAGAAAUAUUGAAUAAUGCCUCAAAAUCAAACAAUAUCGAUAUUCUAGAAGUAAUUUUAUCAAACUACUAUACAAACUUUUCAAAAAAUGAAUAUUAUAAAUUAAUAAAUCAAAGCUAUCCAGCCCAUCAAUAUUUUUUAAAAUUUAAAUAA